GUGAGAUACAGAAGUGAAGCGGGGUGGGAAGGACUGAAUGAAUAAAGUAAUGAGAUGGAACGGAAGGGCACUUCAGAAUGUUAUAAUGAGAAAGAGGCCCCGAUGUAUGAAAAGCAGUGGGAGAAGCCUGGGUGGUGAUCUCUCCCGAGCUAGGGCACAGUGUAUGUGAACGCAAGGAACUAGAGAUGAUCUGAGUCCUGUGCACAGUGUGUGACAAUAAUAGUAAUUCUAAGCCGCCUUUAGCGUCAGAAUCAAGAUCAAAACAGUGAACGGCUACGGGACGUAAACAUAACACCAAUAAUUUUUUCCUCUUGCUUCACUACCGUAUCCAUCACAACAACGUCAACAACAUAUUACCCAUCAUUACUACACUGUAGACAAAUAAUUACAAAGGAAAAAAAAGGGGGAGAACAAGUAGACAUCGCAUUAUUAACAGACAAAUAAGUAGAUGCCAAAACACGUAACUGAUAUUUGUGAAGCAGAUAAACACAAUUAGUCAUUAUUGUGUCACCACGAGUCACCUGUCAACACCUGGUGCACGGGCUGGAGAACAAUGAAGGCAAGGAAACACAGGGACACGAACAACUGAACACUGAACGUUGCAUCACCUUAUGUGUCAUCACUGAGUGUGUUGCAGGGUGCGAGUGUCGGUGCCAUGGAGGCUGUGAGUGCCGGCCAUGUCAGCGAGGCGUGGUGGACUGAGGCCUGCAAGAAGGUGAAAAAUGCGCUGGUGUUUGUGGACGGACCAACAGCUGAGAGUCUGCACUGGAGUGGAGGACUUGGCCGGCUGGCUGAUGCUGGGGCUAAGAAUGUCAAGGAGUUCUCAUCAUUUGAGAAGGGCAGCGAGAGGGAUGUCAAGGCAGCCUUCCUGCUGAGUAGUCCAGUGAGGGGCACCACGGCCACUAUUCUCAAAGAUGUGAUCCAGGCAUCCAGCUUCCAGUACUGCAUCAUCAUCACCUCAGCCCACCCCAGCGUGCACACCUAUGCACGUUAUGGUGGCAGAGAUGUGGACGAUGCUGUGCUGACCACUGAGUUGGAGCAGAGUGUUCUGACCUGGAUGGGCAACAUGAACUACACUGUAGAAGUAUUUUACCUCCCCCUGGUCAUCGUUCCAUACUCUGAGGAUCUCUUCUUUAUGCCGGUGUUUGCCUCGUUGUAUCCACUCCUGAGCCCUGAUGUGCCCAGGAUAUCCAAGCACCACCAAGCUGUGACUCGUGGCGACAAGAUCAAACCUCUCACUGGUCUUGGUGAGGUUGAGUUCCACCACCUCCCUCAUGAGAUGCGAGUGUCGGUGCGGCAGCUGGUGGCCUCCAUACACAGCCUCCUUCAGGGGAUGAAUGCGCGGGAGGAGAUCUUCACCAUCGGACAGACGGCUCACAUUAUCGGCACAGAGCUGGAUGUUUUCUCCCCAGCCAGGCAGAGACGAAAGGUAGCAACCAACAAGGUGUCAUUGGUGGUGGUGGACCGCACACUGGACCUUGUGAGUGCUGCAGAUCACAGUGGUGACACACUGAUGGCCCGCCUGCUGGCCCUGCUUCCCCGCCUGCCUGGCCACUGUCUCGACUCAGCUAUCAACAUGGCGCCACUCUGUGAUGUUCAUCCGUCAUGUGAGUGGACACUGGUGCCAGGGUGUCUGGCACCGCAGGGGAAGGAGCAGAGGGCAGCAGAGGUCCUCAGGUCACUGGUCACAGCCCCGGCCAAGGAAACACUCUCACUCAUUAACAAACAUGUGAGUGUGCCAGAUGUGUUUACCUUUUAUCUGUGUCAGCAGUCCCACAUUCCCACAGGUGGUGGGAGGCUGCCAGUCGCAAGGGACCUCCCUCCAAACUCACCAAAGAAGGAGGGCAAGAUGAUGGUGGACAACCUGAAGAGGAACAUCCAGCAGUUUGCCUCAGACAUUGACGCCUUCACAGAUAAUGCUGCUCUGCUCCAGCAAGGCCUUGGGGCAGUGGAGGCGCUGAUGGAUCCUCGCCACACACACCAGGACCAGCUGCUCAGCCUGGAGAAGAGGCUCCUGCAGGCCCUGGGUGAUCCAGAGGAGACGUCACCCUUCACCCAGGUAGCGUCGCCUUUCUCACAGGUCUUCCAGCUGCUGAGGACACGGAAGAGUCACGGAGUCACACUGGAUGACCUGCUGAGCCUGAUGGUGUAUGUGGCAUCUCUUGGAGGCUAUGGCGUGUUCUCUCAGCGGGAGGAAUAUGCCCUGAUUAACCUCCUGUCCCAUGCCAUUGUGGAGGAUAAGGAGGAACUCUCAGACCUCCUCCUUGAAUUGGUUGGGGAUGAGGUGGAUGAGGUGUCAGCCCUGAAGACAGCUCAGAGUAUAGCCAGCCAGCUCCAUGCCCUCACCACUGUCAGGGAACAUCUCAAAAACUACAGAAGUGUACAUUUCCCUGGCGAUGGGGUGGAGCCGGCCUCCUAUCACAGUCUGCUGCCACGGCUUGUGCAGGACUGCCUGGCUGCACCACAGGGGGAGAUUACUGACCUGGAGUACAAGUCAGCUGGCUUCAAGGACCUCAUCAAGACAGGUUUUAGCCUGUUUGUCAACGUGAGCAAGCCUUCCCCACGCGAUGCCCCUGUCAUGCUGGUGUGGGUGGUCGGGGGAGUGUCACCGGGGGAGGUAAAGGAGGUGAGGCGCACAGUGAAGGCUCUCAACUCUCCCUGCAGGGUGAUCCUUGCUUCCUCCCACUUGUCCUACCCAAGAGACACAGUGCAGAAGGCAUUGCAGCCCAACUUUUUUCUCAGAGGGUUUUAGAUGGUUGGUUUAAGUCUCUCUCUCUCUCUCUCUCUCUCUCUCUCUCUCUCUCUCUCUCUCUCUCUCUCUCUCUCUCUCUCUCUCUCUCUCUCUCUCUCUCUCUCUCUCUCUCUCUCUCUCUCUCUCUCUCUCUCUCUCUCUCUCUCUCUCUCUCUCUCUCUCUCUCUCUCUCUCUCUCUCUCUCUCUCUCUCUCUCUCUCUCUCUCUCUCUCUCGUAGUAGUAGUAGUAGUAGUAGUAGUAGUACAAAUUAGUCAUCUGUUUCCAAUCUUCAUGUUAUUAAGAUAUUUAAUGGUUGAGAAAUUAUUUCAUAUUCCAUGCCAGAUAGCCAGAUAAUGCAAGGGUACCAGUUACUAUAGAACUAUGAUGUAAUGUCAAAUAUGAGAAAAGUAGGAGCUACAUAUAUUAUUGUCGUUGUUGUUGUUAUUAAUUUUUAUUAUUAAUAUUAUUAAUGUCACAUUGUUUGUUCAACUUUUGUAUGGAUGAUGUAGUAAAGGAAGUGAAUGGAAUGAGGAUUUUAGGCAGAGGCCUGAGUUCUACCUAUUGGGAGGAAAUGGUAUGGGAUCUGAACCAGCUACUGUUUGCUGAUUACAGAACCACAGUGCCAACUGUGCUGUAUGGUGCUAAAACAUAAAACAUGGUAUUUGUGGAGAAGAAAUAAUUAAAUGUAAUGGAAAUGAAAUCUUAAAGGAUUAUUUAUGGAGUAACAAAAAGGGAUAGAAUAAGAAAGGAGGAGGUAAGAAGAACUGGUGUUUUGGGAGAGUUGACUGGACAGAUUGAUCAGUGUGAGUUAAGAUGGUUUGGACAUGUGGAGAGAAUGGGACAGUAAACUGACUAAGAGAAUGAUGAGGUCAGAUGAGAGCAGUGAAAGGACAAGAGGAAGGCCACAUGUGGAGUGGAUGAACUAUGUGAAGAGAGCAUUGAAUGAGAGAGGAAUGACAGUGCAGCAAGCAAGAGCAGUUGUGGAUAAUAGAGGUGAAAGGAGAACAACAGUGAUGAGUACUUGAAAAUUAAAGUCUCAUCAAUCCCUGUGAGGCGGUUUGGGCACAUCUGGCAGGGCCCAUUGGCAUAUGGACCCAGUGAGGCUACAGGGCACUCUGUAGGAAGUACUACCAAGCAUUUGUUUUGGUCUCAGGAUUGAAGUAGGUGCAGGGUAAGAAACAGUCUCAUUAUGAAGCGGAAGGGGUAAACCAGUGUGUGCUGUUAGGCCUUGCUGUGGAAGUAUGUGGCCAGCUGUGCUGUGCCUGAGCUCCUGGUGUGUUGUAGGGUGGUCCACGAGACUGUCCCUUUCCACCAUGGGGUGACAGGGCUAAGAGUGUGAAUGAGUGUGUAGUGCUAUGUAUGGGCCAUUAUGUGUAGGAUUGCUAGCCUGGUAUAUGGAUAGAUAGAUUAUCAUUAUUAUUAUUAUUAUUAUUAUUAUUAUUAUUAUUAUUAUUAUUAUCAACAUCAUUAUUAUUAUCAAUAUCAUUAUCAUUAUUGUUAUUAUAUAUAUAUAUAUAUAUAUAUAUAUAUAUAUAUAUAUAUAUAUAUAUAUAUAUAUAUAUAUAUAUAUAUAUAUAUAUAUAUAUAUACACACACAGUGGAACCUCAGUCUUCGAACUUAAUUCAUUCCUGAAUGCUGUUCAAAAUCUGAAACAUUAAAAAACCAAAACUGUUUUUCCCAUACGAAUCAAUGUAAAACGGAUUAAAUCCGUUCUCAGACACCCGUCCACCAUCUCUUAGCGGGUAAUGACUGACUCUUCCACAGCUAAGAUGGCUGCUCUACACCAAUCUCCAGCUUAGACAUUUUUUUUUACCCAGGAAGGAUGUAUUGAAUGAACUUCGUGACACAGAACUCAUC